UUCGUUCUUCGUCUUUCAGCUUCAAUCAACAUUCUGCACCCCUGCUAAUCUCACCGCUAAGUGCACGCACACAUAAUGAGCCGCUACGAUGGUCGCUCCGGCGACCCCGGUUCGUACCGUGACCGGAGGAGUGAAUCAGGGUUCGGUGGGGCUUCUGGAUAUGGUAGUGGUGGUGUUCGCUCGUCCUCAAGCAAGAGAGAUCUUGAUGGGGUAGAGUCACCAAGGAAGCCGGAUUUGGAUGGGUUAACUCCAUUUGAGAAAAAUUUCUAUGUGGAGUCCCCGGCAGUGGCAGCAAUGUCAGAGAAAGAGGUGGAGCAGUAUCGGGAACGGAGGGAAAUCACAGUUGAAGGCCGGGAUGUUCCAAAACCAGUCAUGAAUUUUCGCGAUGUGGGCUUGCCAGGUACUUAUUUGAACUUUGGUAUCAAAAAAUUUUUCUUUAUCAGUUGAGUUUGAACAUUUUACUUAAUCUGUCCCGAUGCUGGUCUUGACGAUAAAUUGAAAUUUGUUUAUGAUUGAAGCCUGAUAGAU